UCAAUUAUUUACCCUAAAUCAAAUUGGUCAUCUUCGUAUGAACGGGUUGACUUUCUCAACGAGCUCACAUCCCAUUUUUACUUUUGUCUUUGAUUAAAGCCUGGCUUUGGAAAAUGAAUUUGUUAUUCUGAGAUGAGGUGUUCCUUGUAACAGAAAAUAAGGUUAUCCAAUUCGAAACCCACGGAAGCGCAGCCUUUGCCCCAAACUCAAGGCUCCUUCCUUAUCCCCCUCCGUCACAGAUAUAGAAGAAGAAGAAGGUGGAGGGGUUCGCUGCUAUUGCUAUGGCCUAACAUCAAUAAAAAGCUUCUAGUUUUGGCGAUUCUCACACACGCUCGCUCGAACUCAUGGGUCUCGUGUUUUGCUCCCUCUCCAAAUUCUUAUUAUGCGCCAUUUCUGGAGCUCUCACGCUGUGUUUUGCCGUAGCUGGAGCCCUUACCGGAGCUAUAGCUGGUGCUUUAGCUGCUAAGGCAACUCACAGUGGUUUGCUGCGGGGAGCUUCAUUGGGCGCUGUUGCUGGGGCUAUACUCUCGGUGGAAAUCUUGGAAGCUUCCCGUGCAUAUUGGUGCAUGGAGCAAACUGGCUCACGGGGCACGUCAUCUAUGGCAGAUUUCAUAGAGGAACUUGUUCGUGCUAGGCUUAUAGAGGAAUCAAUUUCACCUGACAUUUUAACUGCUUACAAUUUGCAGUUUGAACAGGUUGCCCAUGGUAAUAGAGGCUACGAUGAGAUUCACGAUGUUAAUAAUGUAGUAGCAUCAAGAGGAAUGACAAAGGAUUCAUUGAACAAGUUACCACAACAUGUCAUCUUGAAGGACAUGAAGGCAGAGGAUACCUGCUGUGCAAUAUGUUUACAGGACAUUGUUGUAGGAGAAACUGCAAGAAGCUUACCACGUUGUCGUCAUACAUUUCACUUGACAUGUGUGGACAGAUGGCUAGUCAAGAAUCACUCUUGUCCUGUUUGCAGACGAACCGUGUAGUCAUACUUUGUUCCUUGGCCGUUUAGGGGUUAAAUCUUUUGAGAAUUUGAACAGAACAUAACCUUGUUUAUAUGCUCAUUUCUAUCAUUGAUUCAAUUGCUCUAGAAAAACGAGGUUAAAAUGAUACACCAUCAAAUGAUAGACAUGUGAACAUAUUCAGAGAAGAUACAAAUCCGUUUUUGUUAUUUGAAAAGGGGCUAUUGUACAGUUGCCCUCUCUCAGUUUGUAUGUAUCAUUGUGUAAUGCAAUUCAAUAUAUAGUUUAAUGUAAAUAACAAAAUAUUGGAACCUA